UGCAGAAGUGGCAACUAAUACCUUAUGUUAGGUUAAGUAUGAGAUAAUGAGUAUAAUAAUAUACAAUGCAAAAUAGACUUUUUAUUAUAUAGGAACACCAAUUCGGCUUACGGUUUCUUAAUAAAAAAUAACACCCUACAUCUAAUUAGUCAAGUUUCCCUAAAAAGACAAAAUCUAAAAAUUUCCAUAAGCUUAUAUACAGUGCAAAAUUUAGAUGCCUAAAUACUCACAUGCCUAAAAUAGGAAUUACCAAAAACAAAAUGCCAAAAUCGAUGCAGAUCACUGUUGUUCAUGAAGAGCAGUACUCCGCAAGCCAACGACAUGAGAAGCACUUCUCUUCUCUUGUUAGUUGUUAUGCUUCUGUGUAUAAUUAAUGGCCUUCCAUAUAUAGUUCCUCGCACGUAUUCUUACUAUAUAUAUAACCAUGGAUUAGUCUCAUCGAACCUUCAAACGUCCACCCAUCAUCUUCUUCAGUCAAGUUAGCGACUUUCCGAUCACCAUAGCCAAUAUAUAGAAGUCGAGCUCACAAGCAUGGCUUCUGUCAAAGUUUACGACAAAAUCAACGAAACUGACCAACUCCGCCUGGAGGCCCGCCGGAAAACCAGGAAGCGAGUCGUCCUCAUUAGCCUGUCCUCCAUCGUCCUCAUUGCCGUCGUAGUGGGUGCCGUGGUCGGUACCACCGUUCGAAAGUCUAAAGGUGGCGACAGCGCCAGUGGCGGCGCUCAACCCAUCUCCACUGCCGUCAAGGCGGUUUGCGACUCUACUUUGUACCCUGACUCGUGUCUCCGAUGCCUUCUGCCUUUGGCAAAAUCCAACCAGAUUCAGCCCGGUGAUGUCUUCAAACUUUCCCUUCAGGUCGCCAUGGAUGAGCUCUCGCGAUCAGCUGCCCUCUUCUUUUCUAAGUUCCAAGGUGGCGGCGCCGACAAGAUGUCAGUGGCGGCACUUGAGACAUGUCGUGAAGCGUUGGACCUCGCUUUGGAUCACAUGAACAUCUCAUUAUCAUCUUCCGGCGACCUCACGGAGGCUUUCGACGAUUUGCAAACAUGGCUGAGUGCCGCCGGAACUUUCCAGCAGACUUGCAUAGACGGGUUCGACGACGCUUCCACAGUCGAAAACUUGAAAACCAGCGUGUUGAAGUAUCUCCAGAACUCAACCGAGUACACCAGCAACAGCCUGGCCAUAAUCAACCAGUUCUCGAACAUUGUGAGCCCCCCGAAUCUACGAAGACGGCGGCUGAUGGUUUUGGCCGAGAUGCCGGAGUGGGUAUCUCGAAAAGAUCGGAGACUGAUCGAGAGUGGAAGCGGGAGGAUGAAGGUGGAUGUUGUUGUCGCCAAGGAUGGGUCGGGAAAGUACCAGAGUAUCAAGGCGGCGCUGGCAGCGGUGCCGGAGAAGAGCAAGAAGAGGCUUGUGAUCUACGUGAAGAAGGGGGUUUAUUACGAGAACGUGAGAGUUGAGAAGAAACAGUGGAACGUGAUGAUGAUCGGUGAUGGAAAGGAUAAAACCAUAGUUUCCGGCGGCCUCAACUUCGUCGAUGGAACUCCGACGUUUCAAACUGCAACAUUCGCUGUGUUUGGCAAGGGCUUUAUUGCAGAAGACAUGGCCUUCGUCAACACCGCCGGCCCGGCUAAGCACCAGGCGGUGGCGCUCAUUUCAACCGCGGAUGAGUCGGUCUUCUAUCGGUGUCGCUUCGACGCUUUCCAGGACACUCUCUACGCACACUCCAACCGCCAAUUCUAUCGGGAAUGCGACAUCUCCGGCACCGUCGACUUCAUCUUCGGCAACUCCGCCGUCGUUUUCCAGAACUGCAACAUCCUGGCGAAGGCCCCCAUGCGCGGCCAGAUGAACACGAUCACGGCGCAAGGCAAGAUGGAUCCGAAUCAGAACACGGGAAUAUCCAUCCAGAACUGCACGAUCUCGCCGUCCGGAGACCUCAACGCCGUCCAGACCUUCCUCGGCCGCCCGUGGAAGAACUACUCCACCACCGUAAUCAUGCAAUCCAUUAUCGGAAGCUUCGUCGAUCCGACGGGAUGGCUGCCUUGGACGGGCAAUUCGGCGCCGGACACCAUCUUCUACGCCGAGUUCGAGAACCGGGGGCCAGGUUCUUGGACGAAGAAGAGGGUUUCGUGGAAGGGAUUGAGAAACAUUACCCGAAAACAAGCUUCGAAGUUCACAGUGAAGCCGUUUAUCAGCGGUGAUAAGUGGUUGCCGGCCACCGGCGUGGAGUAUAAACCCGAUCUGUGAGGGCAAACUGGCUUUCUGAAUCUCUCGGAUGCGCCGUUAAAAUGACAUGUGUGGGUGUGCAUGCAGCCUUUUGAUUUGACCAACUCAUUUUUUAUAAUUUAAAAUUUUAAUUAAUGAUGAUCCAUUUACAGAAAUAUUCUAACAGAAUUGAGUCUCGCAAAUUUUAAUUAAUUAA